CGGUGCCGUACAGCAUGGCGGCGCUGCGGCGGGCGCGGCGCGGGGCCGGGCCGGGGCUGUGCCGCGCGCUGCGGGCGCUCUCAGGGAAGAAGAAUGAGUAUGAUCUUCUGGUCAUUGGUGGAGGGUCUGGAGGCCUUGCUUGUGCAAAAGAAGCUGCUCAGUUUGGAAGAAAAGUGGCUGUUUUGGAUUAUGUGGACCCUUCCCCACAAGGAACCACAUGGGGACUUGGUGGAACUUGUGUGAAUGUUGGCUGCAUUCCUAAAAAGCUAAUGCAUCAAGCAGCCCUUUUAGGGAGUGCCCUCAAAGAUGCCCAACACUAUGGCUGGAACAUAGCCCAACCUGUUCAUCAUACCUGGUCUCUGAUGGCACAAGCUGUUCAGAAUUACGUGAAAUCCUUGAACUGGGGACACAGAGUGCAACUACAAGACAAGAAGGUGAAAUACUUCAACAUGAAAGGGAGUUUUUCCGAUCCCCACACGGUCCGUGGCUUGACAAAAGCAGGUAAAGAGACUAUUAUUACUGCAGAUAAUAUUGUCAUUGCUACUGGAGGAAGACCAAAGUAUCCUACACAUAUUGCAGGUGCACUGCAGUAUGGAAUCACAAGUGAUGACCUGUUCUGGUUAAAGGAAUCUCCUGGAAAAACGUUGAUUGUUGGAGCCAGCUAUGUUUCCCUUGAGUGUGCUGGUUUUCUGACGGGCAUUGGACUGGACACUGCAGUCAUGAUGAGAAGUAUUCCCCUUCGUGGGUUUGAUCAGCAAAUGGCAUCUUUAGUAACUGAGCACAUGGAAUCUUACGGCACAAAAUUUUUAAAGAGAUGUUUCCCAACCAAAGUUGAAAAACUGGAGAGCAACAGAUUGCAAGUCACCUGGAAAAAUACUGACCUGGGCACAGAAGAAACGGAUUCCUUUGACACUGUGAUGUGGGCAGUAGGCCGAGCCCCUGACACUAAAACUCUCAAUUUGGAGACAGUUGGAGUGAAAACUAAUUCUGAAACUGGAAAGAUUAUUGUUGAUGCCAGUGAAGCUACUUCUGUUCCUCACAUUUAUGCAAUUGGAGACAUAACUGAGGGCCGCCCUGAGCUGACUCCCACAGCCAUUGCUGCAGGCAAACUGCUGGCCCAGCGCCUCUUUGGCCAGUCCUCAGAGCUGAUGGACUAUGACAACGUGCCCACCACGGUGUUCACUCCCCUGGAGUAUGGCUGUGUUGGACUGUCGGAGGAAGCAGCUGUGCAGUGUCACGGGUCAGACAAUAUUGAGGUAUUCCAUGCAUAUUAUAAACCUCUAGAGUUUACAGUGGCUGAAAGAGAUGCAGCUCAGUGCUAUAUGAAAAUGGUGUGCUUACGAGAGAGGGAGCAACGGAUACUUGGCCUUCAUUUCAUUGGACCAAAUGCAGGCGAAGUUAUUCAAGGAUUUGCUCUUGGAAUCAAGUGUGGUGCCACGUAUCCUCAGCUGAUGAAGACAGUUGGCAUCCACCCCACCUGUGCUGAGGAGGUCACCAAGCUGCACAUCACAAAGCGCUCUGGCUUGGAUGCAACAGUCACAGGCUGCUGAGGUUAAACACCAUCCCUGGAAAGGAGGAAAAAAGCACAAAAUAUGUUUGGGAAGAAAAGGGGCACUUAGAGUUGAAACAGCAUUAAUGGUUUGAUCCUUGCACCAUCUCAGUUCUAACACCAAUGCAGUCCUGCUGUAACAAAGCUCUCUCUUUCAAAGUGCCUAAAACCCUCCUCUUGCUGGGAGCUAGGAAAUAAUCCCAGUAUUUUACAUGUGAAUGUAACUGAAGCCAGGGACACCUGAGGCCACCUACAAGUGGAGCAGUUUUCCCUGGGUUCCUCUGCUGGCAAAGUGCCUCCUGGGAUGGUGCCACAGAUCUGGGAACUGGACAGGGCCUCCCGUGGCAGUUUGGUGAUACUUUGUCCUGAGCUUGCACAGCUCAUUACUGAUGCCAGCAGUGACUGCUGAGACUGUGCUCACGAGCAGAAGCAAGUUCCCAGAGUGUGUAACAAGGGGUAAGCAGUCAGCCUCGGGAUUUUUCUUCUAAAUGUAAUGCAUACAGGAAGGUAACAGAAAAUCACCUACCACUGAGGCUGUGCUGCUGCUGGAAGAAUCCCUGUGCAUUAAUCAAUGUUAUGAUGAUGGCUGAGAAUGAAUGAGCUCAGAGGUGCUAAAGGAAGAGUUGAAUUUUAUGGUGAUUUCUCUGCCUACUCCUGAAAUUUUUUGUUCAGUUCAAACUAAAUUGACACAUCUCACAAAUUACUGCUUGAACAGUGCAUAUUAAGCAAUGCUGACAAGUAGAAUCAAACCCACUAAUAAUCCAACUUAUGUAGCAUUUUCUGUUUUAUAGAAUGCAGAAAUCUGGCUGAUAUAUUUUCUUGGUUUCUUUUUAAGACUUUCUCACUGAUGAGCUACUACAUCUGAAUUGAUUUAGGUCUGGCUUUACUAAAACACGUUAGUGAAGGGAACUACAUUAACCAGCGAUCUAGAAAAGAGACAGUCCUGCUCAGAACAAGGAUCUAAAAUAAUUCUCUGCAAACUUUGUUUUGCGUACCGAGAAAGCCUUGCCCUGUCCCGAAUUCCCGCUGCUUUUCGGGCUCUCCAGAAGGGGGAGGUGCUGCCUAAUCUGUGGCAGCAAAGGAACAUCCGAGAGUGAAGCUGCUUGUGCAGAGCCCGGUGAGGAGGUGGCCUGACAAAGGCAAGAACUUCAAUGGAAGUCGCAGUAUUUUGCUGUGCAUAGACACAGAGUUUCUUGCACCCUUUGCAGCAGAAUAGUGAUCAUAGGAAAAGAAGAGAUCGGCUGGAGGUGAAACCAAAUGUAUCCUUUUUGCAGUUAAUUGAUAUCAGUGUUUUCUUAGGGGAAUUUGAUAUUUUCAUUCCAAGCUUGUUGCACAGUUUAGAGGAAUAGUCUGAUGAUCAUGUGUAUCUUUGCUAUUUUUAAUUUGAUUGCUGUUUCACUGCUGCAACGCAGACAAAUGGCUGGUUUGUUAUGAGUGAAAUCUUUUUUACCACGAGAAUUGUACCUGUCAGAGAAACUACUAGAAAAAAAGGAUCAGAACUUCCUUGUAAAAUUUUAUGUAAAAGCAUUUAUCAUACUUCCAUUGAUACUAGAAUAUUGAAUUUUCAACUAUUUAUUUUAACAAAAAAAGAAGUCUCAAAUGCUUUCUUUACAAAAUUUCCUGAGUUUUGGUCAAUAUUUCUGGUCCAUAAAAUAGGAAGGAGUGAUACAGUUUGGCUGCAAGUGGCAUUCCCUGUCACAUCUGCCAGUUUUCAUCUGUGAACUCAUCCAUAAGUUUGUAAUUGAAAAGAAAUACUUUGAGUGGAAGUGUAGCUGAAACACUGCCUGCAUUUUACAGCUGCCUUUAGAAGAAAUAAUGAAAACUUUGUAUAUAAAUGUGUGCAUACCUGCCCAUUCAGAAGUUUCUGUUUCCUUUAAUAAAGGUCUUAUGAGCCUGGUGCAGCCAAAAACAUUUCACAAAAGAGGAGUUCAUAAUACAUUAGGGUUUCUUAAAAUAUUUUACUUAACAUUGCAAUUAACAAUUGAAACAGAGAUCUUUCUGUGAGAAAUAUCUCACCUCUGACUGAAUUGUAAUGUCUAUGCAUGCAAGACUUUUUUCUAGUGAUUACCUUUGAUAGUUCCUUUGGUUUCCCGUAAGUGAAAGCACUGGUGUUUAGCCCUGUAAAAUCAGCUUCUCUUCCCUAUCAAUGCAUCCAGCAGAAGGAGUCUGUCCCUACAGACAAAUCAAUGGAAAGAUGAGUUCAUUUCAUUCAUCAUAAAGUUGAAAAUAAUUAUUUGGACAGCAAAUAAGGAGAUCUCGAGGAAAUGUGUGCUCAGUGUGUGAAACUAAGGCAUGUCAUCUCUCUCAGAAGUAACAGAACUGCCUUGGUGUUAGAAUUCUGAUGAACGUUGUUCCUGUCUCUUCAGUAGCAGCCCAGUUCUGUUCCUGGUUUAGUGGAAAAUGCUGUUGCCCCACUGAAGUAAAACUGAACACACAUCACAGCUGCAUAACCCUGAUGGCAACAUCAGCAGCAGGGCAGAAUAAUGACAACUGCUGUGACUGUGCUUUUUUCCUGCAGGAUUCACCAGGGAUGGUGCUUAAGAAUUGUUUUAUUUAAAAGCCUGGCUAAUGUCAAUUGGAACAACUGAUGUACACUGCAAAUUACUGAUUGCAUGUGAAAAUGUAAAAAACAAACAAAUUGAGUCAGGCUUCACAGGAUGCCAGCUGAUGAGGAUCUGUUUGUCAAACCACACCAUGGUGCAAACAGGUCUGAGCUUUGCUGGGUCCCUUACACGUCUGAUUCCAAUAUUUAUUGUGUUGUGCAUUAAUUAAUGAAUAAAGAAUAUUUUUUUUCUAGUAAA